UUGAGCGCGACAACCAAAUAGCGCAUGACAGAGAAGUGAAAGAAAAGCGCAAAGUUUGAUCUGCAAAAGCCACGUUAAAGAUGGCGCCGAAAAAGAACAAGCAGAGGGCAAAGGCGCAAUCAGGUCCGAAGCUUCAGAUUUCGGCGGAAAAUGAGAACCGCCUCCGCCGGCUCUUGCUCAGCUCGGCCCGGCCUACCCCUGCGAAUGUGACUUCGACGGACGAUACCCAAACCAAAGCUCAGAAGGCAAAGAAGCUCAAAGCCGUUUACGAGAAGCUCUCUUGCGAAGGUUUCUCUAAUCAUCAAAUCGAACUCGCUCUCUCUGCUCUCAGGGAAGGUGCUACGUUUGAAUCAGCUCUUGAUUGGUUAUGCUUGAAUUUGCCGGGGAAUGAACUUCCGCUCAAGUUUUCUACUGGAACAUCUCAUUAUAACCAAGGGGGUUCUGUUGGUGUUAUAUCAAAUCAACCGGACAAUUCAACUCCGUCAGUGGAUCCAUCUAUUACAGCCAAGGAAGAAGCUCUAGAAUCUCCAGUUUUAAUCAAGAGACAGUUGAGUGAUGAUACUUUAGAUUCUUGUCUCCCAUCUCAAGCAGAUUGGAUCCGGCAAUAUGUGGAGCAACAGGAAAAGGAUGAAUAUGAGACUUGGGAAGAUGACAUUUUUGACCUAAGUAGUGCCACAAAGAAGCCCUGUGAACCUAGGUCAUAUGAUGUUAUUGCUAAGGAGUAUCUCGCUGCAAGGUUGGAAGCUACAAAAGCCAAGAAAGAAAGGGACAAGAAACGUCAGGAGCAGGCAGGCCAUAUCAUCCGGAAACUGAAGCAAGAGUUGUCUGCUCUAGGAUUAUCUGAUGACAAUUUGGCCUUAGAACAUGAGCAUGAAAUCAGUUUUAAGUUUAAAUCUGAGAGAGCAUCCAUGGGUCAUGAGCCUGUUGAUUGCUUUAAAGAAAAAACUCCAUGUCAUACUGAAGGAUUGGCUUCUGACGAAACAGCAGUUGGUGGAAGUGAUGUGGAGGGACAUAGCAUGGUGGAACAUCUUGUGAAGUCUGGUUCACCAGUUGCACAUGUGGAAAAAAAUUCAGCUGAAGGAGAGGUUGGAGACGUUGAGCUUGGUGGUUUCUUCUUGGAGGAUGUUCCAUCUUGUGAAAUAUUACCUCCUGAUAUUUUGAAAGUACAAAAACAAGAAAAAAUUAAAAGAGCAUCUGAGAAAAAUUUGGAUAAAUUAGAUGGCAUUUGGAAGAAGGGGGACCCUCAAAAAAUUCCAAAGGCUGUUCUUCAUCAACUAUGCCAGAAAUUAGGGUGGGAGGCUCCAAAGUUCGAUAAAGUUUUUGGUAGAGGAAAGAAUUACUCCUAUACUGUAAGUAUAGUGCGUAAAGCUAGUGGGAGGGGCAAGAAUAGAAAAGCUGGGGGGUUGGUCACACUUCAAUUGCCAGAUCAGAAUGAAACUGUUGAAUCUGCUGAGGAUGCACAGAAUAAAGUGGCAGCAUAUGCUUUGUACAAACUGUUUCCUGAUAUCCCAGUUCAUCUCCCAAUUACAGAGCCUUAUGCAUUGCUUAUUAUAAAGUGGAUGGAAGGGGAAUCAUCAACCAAUCUAGAAGACACUGAGAAAGAUCAUAGAUCUGGUUUUGUGGAUUCAUUAUUAGAUGAUAAUAGUUCCAGUGCAACCGCAUCUGUUGAUGUUGCAGAUUAUAAGUGCCCCCAGAACUUUGGUAGACUCCACGAUAAUGAGAGUUCAACCAUUGCCUGUCAUCAACAAUUUUCUCAAAGAGAAACCUAUAUCAAGGAAAUGGAGAGUGCUGAUUUGCGACAGCGACAACAAAUUAAAAUGAGAACACAAAGAUACCAGGAUAUGUUGAAAAUCAGAGCUACACUUCCUAUUGCUGCUCUACAGGGUGAUAUGUUACAAUUGAUGAAGGAACACGAUGUUCUUGUUGUUUGUGGGGAAACAGGCUCUGGAAAGACAACUCAGGUUCCACAAUUUAUAUUGGAUGACAUGAUUGAGUCAGGAAAUGGUGCAUACUGUAAUAUUGUUUGCACACAACCACGGAGAAUAGCGGCUAUUUCUGUGGCUGAAAGGGUUGCGGAUGAGCGGUGUGAACCUUCCCCAGGUUCAGAUGGUUCUUUGAUUGGUUAUCAAGUUCGUCUUGAUAGUGCCAGGAAUGAAAAAACAAGGCUUCUCUUCUGCACAACAGGCAUCCUUCUAAGAAAAUUAAUGGGGGACCAAAGCUUGUCAAGCAUUACUCAUAUCAUAGUUGAUGAAGUUCAUGAGAGGUCUUUAUUGGGUGAUUUUCUUCUUAUUGUUUUAAAGAAUAUAAUUGAGAAGCAGUCCACUAAAAGCUCUGGAAAACUGAAGAUCAUUCUAAUGUCUGCAACUGUUGAUUCAAGUUUAUUUUCAAGAUACUUCAGCAAUUGUCCUGUAGUUACUGCUGAAGGCAGGACUCAUCCGGUGACAUCAUACUUUCUUGAGGAUAUAUAUGAUCAACUUGAGUAUCGACUUGCCUCAGAUUCUCCAGCUUCUUUAACAAAUGGGAUUUUUCCCAAAAGACAGAUUUUGCAGAGAGAUGUUGUGACAAAUAACAGGGGUAAGAAGAAUCUAGUCUUAUCUGCAUGGGGUGAUGAGUCUCUGCUUUCUGAAGAACAUGUUAAUCCAUAUUUUGUUCCGAGUUAUUAUCAAUUAUAUAGUGAACAAACUCAGCAAAAUAUGAAAAGAUUGAAUGAAGAUGUCAUUGAUUAUGAUCUUCUUGAAGAUCUGAUAUGUUUCAUUGAUGAAACUUGCGAUGAGGGUGCCAUCCUUGUAUUCCUACCUGGAAUGUCUGAAAUAAACUGCUUACAUGAUAAGUUGGUGGCAUCUUGCCAAUUUGGUGGGCCAUCUUCUGAAUGGGUUAUUCCUUUGCAUUCAUCAGUUGCAUCAAGUGAACAAAAAAGGGUGUUUUUACGCCCUCCAGGAAAUAUACGUAAGGUUGUUAUAGCCACAAAUAUAGCAGAGACAAGCAUAACAAUAGAUGAUGUGAUAUAUGUAAUUGACUGUGGAAAGCAUAAAGAGAACCGCUACAAUCCUCAAAAGAAAUUGUCUAGCAUGGUUGAAGAUUGGAUUUCUCAAGCAAAUGCAAUGCAGCGUCGUGGUAGAGCUGGACGUGUAAAACCUGGAAUUUGCUUUUGCUUGUACACUCGUCAUAGAUUUGAAAAGCUCAUGCGUCCAUAUCAGGUUCCAGAGAUGCUUCGGAUGCCAUUAGUUGAAUUGUGCCUGCAGAUUAAGUUACUGUCUCUUGGAUAUAUCAAGCCAUUUUUGUCCGAGGCAUUAGAACCUCCAAAGGUUGAAGCAAUGGAUUCAGCAAUAUCUUUAUUGUAUGAGGUCGGUGCUCUUGAAGGGGAUGAAGAGUUGACACCUCUCGGGCAUCAUCUGGCAAAACUUCCUGUGGAUGUAUUAAUUGGGAAGAUGAUGCUGUAUGGUGCAAUGUUUGGUUGUUUGUCUCCUAUUCUUUCAGUUGCUGCAUUUCUGAGUUACAAAUCUCCAUUUGUGUAUCCUAAGGAUGAGAGGCAAAAUGUUGAGAGAGCAAAAUUGACACUGUUGAAUGAUAAGCUAGAUGGGCCUAGCAACACAAAUGAUAUUGAUCAGCAAUCUGAUCACUUACUGAUGAUGACAGCCUAUAAAAGAUGGGAAAGGAUUUUGACUGAGAAAGGAACUAAAGCUGCACAGCAAUUCUGCAAUUCAUUUUUCUUAAGCAGCUCUGUAAUGUUUAUGAUAAGGGAGAUGAGGAUACAGUUUGGAACUUUGCUGGCUGACAUUGGUCUCAUCACUCUUCCAAAAGAUUAUCAGAUGCAUGGGAAAAAGAUAGGGAGUCUUCACAGUUGGCUUUCUGAUGCAUCACAACCAUUUAAUAAAUAUGCACAACAUUCAUCGAUUCUUAAGGCUAUACUAUGUGCAGGUUUAUAUCCCAAUGUAGCAGCUACUGAACAAGGCAUUGUUGCAGCAGCUCUCAGCAGCCUUAAGCAGUCUUCUAGCUCUGCAAAUUCUGGACGUACAGUCUGGUUUGAUGGAAGAAGAGUGGUUCAUAUCCACCCUUCUUCAAUCAACAGCAACUCGAAAGGAUUCCAGUUCCCCUUUCUUGUCUUCCUUGAGAAGGUUGAAACAAAGAAAGUAUUUCUUCGAGAUACUUCAGUCAUAUCUCCAUACUCUAUUUUGCUUUUUGGAGGGUCAAUCAAUGUCCAGCAUCAGACUGGACUGGUCACCAUUGAUGGAUGGUUGAAAUUGACUGCACCUGCCCAAAUAGCUGUCUUGUUCAAGGAGCUACGAUUAGCUCUCCAUUCCAUUCUGAAGGAGCUUAUUAAAAAGCCAGAGAAUGCGACUGUUCUGAAUAAUGAGAUCAUUAAAUCUAUCAUCACUCUGCUUUUGGAAGAAGGAAGCAUGCCUCAAUGAUUGAGCAUCAAGUAUCAACUCACUUGAGCUAAUUCAUUUCUUUAAAUUAAUGCUGCUCUAAGAAUGAAACAUAGAAGAAGGCAGAUUUCAACCUGCUGGUCAUUCUGUUUUGAACCUUCUUGUUUAUUUACUGUCUUUGGACCAUUGAGUAUGAACUCUGACAAACUAGUUCAACCAUAAAGUUGACCAUGUCUGCGCUUUAGCUUUUAUGCCCUAUGGUAAGAGAAUAGCAUGUUCUAUUUCUAAAUAGGCAGAGAUUUUAUUCAUGUAUAGACCAUGUGGUUUUCUGUAUU